AGUGUAAACGAAACUUACGGAAAGCAGUCUGAGUAGAGAAGUGAACCCAUACAACCGGUUCUGUUUUUGGCAGGACUAUAAAAGGGGUGAGAUUUGUGUCAGAGACCUCAGAAGGGAGAGGCACACUUGAGGACAACAGCAUUUUAGAAUCAGAAGAGUUCGACACUGGUGGUUGAAAAUGCUCACUCAUCAAAAAGUAUGCACUCUGUGGCUUCUGAUACUUGUUCUCGACACUGGAGGCGCAUUCAAAUUGAGCUUUUUCAAAAGAAAACAUGAGCCACAGGAAGGUGAGGUGAGGCUGUUUGGCUCCAAGAAUGUUUCAGAGGGCCGUGUGGAAGUCUUCCAUGAAGGGGAAUGGGGUACGGUGUGUGAUGACGGUUGGGACUUGGCUGAGGCCCAGGUGGUGUGUCGUCAGCUCAACUUCCCCGGGGCCAAAUCUGUUGUCAUUGGAAAGAACUACGGAGAAGCAAAUGGACCUAUUUGGUUGGAUGACAUGAAAUGUGAAGGCACAGAGAAGCGUCUGUCUUCUUGUAGUUUCUUGAACUGGGGAGUAACUGACUGCUCCCACAAAGAGGAUGUUGGAGUUAUCUGUGAACCAGCCAGUACCGACACAAACAUGACCCCCGCUGAUUCAACGUACUCACUGGACCACACCUUCAGUCUGUCCGAUGAACUUGGCCAAAUCUUUGACAGCGGCAGUGGCUGUGAUUUCCUGAUCUUGCUCCGGAGCGAGACUGGCAGACUGGAGGAGGGGAGCCCGGAGACAACGAUUUGUACACACAAAUUGGUCCUCUCAAAAUUCCCUCUCUUUAAUGCUUCAGAGGAGACAACUAGCAUCACGGUCAGCAUCAGCCAGGCCUGCCAACCGCAUUUCACCCCCUUUAUCAGGUACAUUUACACCCGCAAGAUUGAUGUGACCUUCUCCUCAGUGCAGUGCCUCCACUGGAUGGCUUCGAAGUUUGGGGUGAAACCGCUGAUGGAGGUGACAGGCCGGCUGUUCACUAAGAUCCUCCCAGAGGACGCUUCGUUUCACACCCAGGUGUCUCUUUACGAAUAUGCAAAUGAGACUGGGGACUUGGUCCUCCAGGAGAACUGUUUGCAGUUUCUGGCCUGGAACUACCAGAAUCUGAACAAGUCCCCUGCUUGGACCAGCCUCGCCUUUGAGGUCCUUCAAGCUCUCUUAUCCCGCUCAGACCUCGUGGUGCCAGAUGAGUAUUUCGUGCUUCAGACUCUGGAGAGCUGGAUCACAGAGAGGGGCAACUCAACAAGUUUGGAGAGCCAGGUUGACCUGUUGAGUCGCAUUCGUUUCCCCAUGAUCCCCGCUGAGAAACUGUAUGAACUGCAGUCCGUGUCUUCUCUCUACAGCACUCACAAGGAUAUGUUUCGUGAAAACAUAUUCAAAGCAUUCGAAUUCAAUAUUCUGCUCUUUAGCAGUCGUUUGUCCGACCCGAAGUUCAACAAAGAGGAUGAUGGUUACCAUCCCAGGAUCUACACAGCUCAGCCAUGGAGCACUGACAUUGACCCUUCGAGGGUAGGUCAGCCAGAUCCAGUCCAAAUUCACUAUCCUAUGUACAUGGGAGGGAGACGUUACGGGGACUAUAGAUAUCCGCCAAUUCCUAUGACAACUGUCAGUCCACACAGCCAAACCAUAUCUGAGUUGUUCAGCACACCUGUCCACAACAGCCUGAUCUUUCAGGACAAGAUGGCUCAAUGGGAGGCAAAGGUCUUGAAGAGCCAACAAGGGUGUUCACGCCUUGGUCUGACCUGUGACUCACUCCCUGCGGCGAGGCUCUCUCUGCAAAGCAGCACGAGACAGAGAAACAUCUUCUUUCGUAACCAGCUCCUGGUGAUGUGCCAAGACAAGUACGUCUCUCAGGUGCAGGACUUCAAGGAUAAUGUGGCUCAUACCACUGUGAAUGGCACCCACGUUGUUUCCUAUCCCUGUCCUGAUGCCCGGUUCACCUACCGCUUUGUAGUGAGACCAGAUUACAACUGAUUCAAUAACAGGAUCAGACUAAAUAAUUCUCACACAUGGCUUCUACUCAGUCGAUUGCAAUGGUACUCCAAUAUCAUAUGUGUGAUUUUCUGUUUUGAUUAGCUUCAAAUCAAUUACAUGACUGUGCUUUAAUAGCCUCACCUGAUUGCUUUAAAAAAAAUGUAAAAGGCAAAUUAAUAAAGUGAUUUUCAGUUCCGGGGUGGCUGUAGCUCAGUGGGUAGAGCAGGUCGGCUAGUGAUCGGAAGGUCACUGGUUCAAAUCCUGGCUCCGGGCAAGGCCGAACCCCACAUUGCUCAUCAGUGAGGGCCCUGCGAUGAGCUGGCGACGUGUCCAGGCCCUCGCUCUGAGACAAGGCUGGGACUGGCUCCAGCAGCAACACCCUGUGACCCCAAGGAAAGGGAUAAGCGGUUACGACAAUAUGACCUGACAUUUUCUGUGUCACCUCUGUUGGUCCUUCACCCAAGCAACCAAAAACAUAAAUCUAGAUAUGAGAGACAUGAAAUAUAAAGGGUAAACAGGGCGUAGUUGGACAGAUGCAAAAUUAAUCAAUUCUUGUGAGGCCGAAUGCUGUAAUAUCGGUGUAUCUAUAUGUGCUCUCAUGACCUCAGAUAUUUUGCUGCUGUGUCCAGUUCACUGAAAAAAGGGUUUAUAUAUUAUCAUUAUAUGAACCUUUAUUUAAACUCUUAAGGUCAUUUAAGGCAGGACAUCAUUAACAAUGAUGGCGAGUUAACGUUUAAAAUGGCGUAAAAGAUGCAGAAUAUCAUAAAAGUAACAGUAUGCUUAAACCAUUCAAUUAAAACAGGUAUGAACAGGUAUAUACAAUGGCAACUUCCCAAUAAGGUCCUUGUACAUAAACAAAUACAAAUGUCUAUCAUGUCCAACAUCAACAUCCACUGACGCAUUCACAGCACCACACCGCUGUUCAAAUCAUCUGCCCCCUCAAGCUGUUGCCAGUUUGUUAAACUAGCUAACUUCGCUAAUGCUAGCUGCAGUCACGUUGCUAACACAAGCAAGUGUAUCUACGGUGGCUUGCUAACAUAAGGGCGAUGCAUUAUGCUUGGUGUACACUGUAGAUCUGAGCCAUUUUUUGGCUUUUUCCCCCCACAAACUGGAAACUACCAAGAAUUUUGUUGAUCGCUGGCAAAACACAGAUACCGCAUGAUACCAACAACGUUAUACUAUUAGCUCACCAAACUUAUUAGAAGCUGCAACCAAUAAUUUUUACACAGAGAUAAACAAGACAAUCACUUUGGACCAGACAAAGAUUGAAAAAUUGUUGGUUGUAAUAAUAAUACUAAGAGGUACUUUUGUUCUGCACCUUUCUACAAGCUCUGUGGAUGUAUGAUUUUAAAAAAUAUAUUGUCUACAUAGAAAUAUUAUCAAUGUUGUCAAAGUAUCUGCCCUGACCAUAUCCUUUUAUGUCUUCCACUAUCCUCCCUUGACUUAAAUCCCUGUGAAACAAAACAACCGUUUAUCAUCCAACGUCUGUCCGACAGAAUAAAAAUAGCCAACAUCAAACAUAUUGGCUUUAUUUUCUCCAUCAUUAGAUAAGUUACUGGAUGUGAAAGGGUUUGUUUUUGCAUGGGUUUGAUUAAGGAUGGUAUCAGUUUCCUCCUCAUGAAUCAUGGAAUCUCCCCGAGCUGUUGUGUUUUCACCACACACCAGACUGUCUUCAAGCCUUUCCCGCAUGUCUGCUUCCCACAUCUGACAGUCACACUUUGACAACAUUCAGGCCUACAUGCCCGGGCAGGUGGGAUAAAAAGCCGCAAAAACAGUGACUCACGGCUUUCUGAGAAGCGCCAUCGCCUGAGACUGUUACAAACCCUGACGUUAUAAAAAGAAUACUGAUCAGACACAAAGAUUACGUGAACAUUUUGUAUAUAUUAUACACUCCUCCGCAUGCAAUCACGUCUCAGUGCCGCACAAACUCCCACAAACGGUCCAGUCAAACACAGGAGAGAGUAGAGCAACUGUGAUUCAUUCGCGACUAAUCGUGCACAGGUGUAGUGAAUUCACCCGGAUGUCAGGAGGAGAAGGUCAGAUAUUUCAUCACAGGACACACUUGUUUUACUGUAAAAGUUCAUACAGCUGUAAUUUCAUUGUUGUGUCACUUUUACCCACGAAAUAAUUGAUUCUUCGUGUCAUGACGUGCUUUGUUUGUUUGGUUUACCCCAGUAUUUCGAAAUUCUAUCUAGUGGUUUUUGUGAACAAUGCUUUAGGAAACCGCUUAACCCUUCGAACUCUGGUUUCCUCUCAAAAUGUCCCAAUUUCCCCUUACGUCAGAAAAAAAAAUUAGGUGUGUAGUGAUAACAAAAACACGCAUAACAACAGCAGACACCUACAGACCAUCUUGUGAUUAUGGGUCCCCCAAGCUGUAACAUAUGUCGGCUGUCAUUCACAUACAGGGCUACUCAUUAUGUCAUUACUACAUUUUCAAAAUGAUAGACCUCAACUACACACCUAUUAAAAAUCUGUCCACUGUUAAACUUGCCGAAGUCUCUUUUCAAACUAAUUCAGUUAAUCUGAACAUGGAAUCAAGGUGACAUUCAUGGAGCGACAUGUAAUUCUUCAAACAUUUUUAUAUGUGUAAUGUCGGAUUCCUUACUAUAUAUCGCUGGGCUGAGAUUCUCCCCUCGAUGCAACGCCGCUUGGCUGUCCUUGCUAAUCUAAACGUUAGCCUAACCGCCAGGCCUGCGCCACGCCCUGAUGCUAGCAAGCUAAUGUUAGCUUACAAAUGAACCCAGGCAACGUUAGCCUGAAAAUCAGGCUCAUGAAUUGAUCACUUUGCAACGACAAAGUCACUUUUUUGCCCCUUUCUUUAGAGAUAAAAACUUCAACUUCAAGCCAGGCUACGCUAGCAUAUUUGCUUUAGGUAACCGCUUACCGCUUAAUGUCACCUUGAUGCCACCUUCAGCCUAACUGGAUUAAUUUAAAAGGAGACUUUGGCAGGUUCAGCUGUGCACAGAUGUUUUAUUUUAUAGGUGUGUACUUGAGGUUAAGAUGGCGACUGAACUUGAAGAUGAUCAUUUGAAAAUGUAGUUAUGACAAAUGGGUGACCCUUUAUUUGAAUGACAACAUGUUGACCUGUGUUACGACUUGGGAGAUUCCAUCAUAAGCUGGUCUGUAGGUGUCUGCUGCUGUUAUGCGUUUUUUGUUGUCACUACACACUUCAUUUUUUUUUUCUGACGUAGGGGGGAAUUGUGAAAUUAUGAGAGGAAACUGAGAAGAAAUUGAGAAGAAAAUGUUUUCUAACGCAAUGGAAAAUUGUGACAUUUUGAGAGGGAACUCAAGUUCAAAGGGGUUAACCCCAUGAACCCCUUGAACUCCAGUUCUUUCUCAAAAUUUCACAAUUUUCCACCUAUGAAAUAAGUUAGAAAACAUUUUCUUCCAACCAGGCUAAGCUAACAAAUUUGCUACAAGUUGACACAUCCAACUGCCCAGUAACUGUCUUAAUAUUAACACAUUUAUUGUUAGCAUUAGCACAAUUAGUGAAAGUCACUGAGGUAUUAACGGCAGGGUGGUGUGUCUUCAAGUGUCUCUUUAGGUUGGUUGUCUUCACCUAUUUUGUGUAAGCACAUUUCCACCAAAUUAAUAUGAAUUCAUAAUCUUGAUAAAUUAUUAUCACAUAUAAAGAGAAGAAGUCAUUAUUAUGUGCAGAAAGUUUAAUUUCUAAAUUUUUAGAUAAAAAGUGAUUAUAAUGUGAUCAAAAAUUCAAAAGGAGGACAUAAAGUCAAAAAGACAUUUUUUGAUCAAUUUUGACUUUAUAUCUCGUCAUUUUGACUUGUGGAUAUUUUUUUCAUCAAGCUUGGUUUUCAUCUUUUUCUUUUUCUAAUGUGCUCUGAAUUGCUUUUCUUUGUGCUUUCCUUCCUGCCAAAGAUGCCAAAGGAUUAAUAAAAUGCAUACAUUUUAGUCCUGUCA